UGGACAGGUAUAAACCCAUCUCAAGUUGAGGUGUCUCAAGUGUUCUAAGAAGAGGUCACAGAUGCGACAGAAAUGGUGAAUAUAUAUUUUGGCUGUUUUGAAAUACUGACAUAUGAGGUUGAAGGUGUCUAAAGAACACUAGGAUCUAGCUUUGAGAAGAAAACAGUGAUAUCAAGACCAUGAAGUAUGGGAUGUGAAUGUGCAACCACCACGCUCAACAUCGUCAAGGCGAUUGUGACUAGGUGCUUGUUCGUCCUGCUCUGUGUUGUCACCACGUGGAGGUUGGUCGAAGUCAAAGGAAGGAAUUCGUACUAUUAUUUACUACUGCUAACUCUCAUUCCAUUGCUUAUUGAAGCCACGUUCACAUUGUUAAAGAGGAAAGGGGCGGAGUUUAAAUGGUUCUCCCCAAGUUUCUUUUGUUUCCUUGUGUGUACAGUGCCCGGUAUUUGGCUCCUCGAACUGGACAAGCGGAAUAACCCCAAAACUAACCAGGCCAAUUCAACUAAUGCGAACCUCACCAUUAUAAACGGGCUGACCAUCCAAGACCCCUUUGCCGAUGAGGCAAACAAAUGGAUCGAGGUACUCGAACAGGUUCUCAUGCUGCUGUUGGUGUUCUCGCGAUGGAUUCUCCCAAAGGGUGAGAUCACACGAGAGCGCCUCUCUCAGAUCCUGUUGGUCUACAUAGCAUUGGCGUCAGACAUCAUCGAGCUGUUCGAUUUGUACGAAAUGGAGGAAGUCAUGAAAGACACUGUACUCUUCCACAUCAUAUUGGUAACAUGGACGUUGAGUUUAGUGCAAUUCACACUGGUACUCGCGGGGUCAAAGUCGAGAAAAUCACAGGCGGUCAUGGUGGCCCCGAUGAAUACGGACGCGGAACAAAACAUAGACGAAGAUUACAAAGUUGAUCGAGUUGAAGUGUUGUCAUUAAUGCUAACGCUGGCCCUGCAAGAUGUCCCAUUCCUAUUCAUCAGAAUAUACAUCAUCGCCUACUACAGAAAAAUGAGUAAUACGUUGCUCUUCUUUGCUGCAAAGAACGCUUUGAUUAUAGCGUUACAGUUUUACAGAGUUUCGAUUAUUGUUUGUGGGUCGCCCGAAAAGGAUGUAGAUAAUGAGGGGGUCAUUGAUGAACCGAGCGACCCAGAGCAGGGGCAUGUGGGGAAAUGCGAUUGAGAAGAAGUUUUCACCGCGAUUACGACAUAUGUUAGGCCUAUGUUACAA